AUGGGAGUGAAGAAGCGGAAUCUGGUGCUUAGAUCGCUCCGGCGACCACCGGGAAGGUUGCUUCCGCUCCCCCUUUUGCUACUCUUUCUCUCCAUCUGCUCUGCCGUCGCUGGUUCCUACGUUAUUGUAAUCACGAAGGACGACCUCAAGGAUCCCGCCACUGCCCCGUCAGACGGCGGUAAACCCUCGGGAGACUCUGCGGAAUGGGAGGAGUUCGGUGAUCCCGAGGCCCAGUCCGAGGAUGAACUCGAUCCGGGAUCCUGGCGUCCAAUAUUUGAAGCCUCCCACGCCGCCUCUAACUCGAAUUCAUCCUCUGCCGACGACUCUCAUGAUUUUCCCUACCUCUCCAGCAUUAGAAAGGUGCUUUCUGCGGUCUCCUCUGGUGAUAUGGUGGCCAUGGAGGAGGCUGUCAACGACAUCGGGGCCGCUGCGACUUCUGGAUGUCCCCACGCCCAGUCUACUUUGGGCUUUUUCUACGGUGCCGGAAUUAUGCGUCCCCACAGCCGCCCCAAAGCCUUCCUCUAUCACCAGUUCGCUGCAGAUGGAGGCAACAUGCAGUCAAAGAUGGUCCUCGCUCACACAUACCUGCGUCAGGAGGUGAACGCUUUGUUUUAAUCGGCCAUCGGCACCAACGUCUCCUCGUUGUCUUGUUAAAAUUCUUCCGCUCUUGUUUUACAGAUGUACGAAAAAGCUGUUAAACUUUACGAAGAGCUGGCAGAGGCUGCUGUGGCAGGCUUCCUGAUAUCAACGACUUCACCGGUGCUCGAGCCCGUCAGAAUCCACUAUGGCGCUGAAGAAAAUAAGCGGGGACUCCGGAAGUCCCGUGGGGAAGAAGACGACGACUUCCAUAUCAUUGAGUUCCAGGCUCAGAAGGGGAGCGUUCUAGCUAUGCUCAGGAUCGGCAAUCUUUACUACUUUGGAUUGCGAGGAGUUAGACGUAACAAUUCGAAUGCACUGUAUUGGUUCACAAGGGCUGCAGAGAAAGGGGAGCCUGAAUCGAUGGAACUGCUUGGGGAGAUCUAUGCAAGAGGCGCUGGGGUGGAGAAAGAUUACACAAGAGCAAUGGAAUGGCUUGUACGUGCAGCCCGGCUGGGACAUUUUUCAGCAUAUAACGGUAUUGGAUAUUUAUACGUAAAGGGAUAUGGCGUGAAGAAAGACUAUACAAAGGUAAGUUGCUUCUGAUAUGUCAAAUUUCUUCCUUACGGCUUUAAGUCUUGCCAUUGCUGAAAGAAUGAGUUCAGAAUGUUUCCUUUUGGUUACUUGAUGUUGUCGUCGAAUAAAUGCUGAACUUACGGUUUCGUGACCAAACUUUCCCUACAUUGGGGUGUCUCAGCAUUCUCUGAAUAAUAACCAGAUCUCACCCUGUGUUUGAAUCAGCCACACGUUUAUGUCUUUAUUUAUUUAUUUAUUUUUCCAGAAUUCAUUUCAAAACAAUUCCGUUCCGAAACAGGUUAGAGGUGUUUAUCCUGAAAACUUUUGGAUCGCAUAGAAUUGUGGUGGUUAUUUUUGGAAACAGAUGUAUUUUGAUGUAAGUAAAUAUCAUUAGUUUAAAAGUUAUGAUUAUUCAUUAUCCUGAAGGCAGCUAUUAGGAUAUUGGAGCCAAUACAAAGAAGAUUUGUGUUGGUAUGGUAUUAGAAAUCUAAAGAACGAGAUGUUGACGGUUCAGAAAUAAGAUAUGGAUACGAACAGACGCCUUGGUGCUGUUAAGUUGUUAUGAACAAUUGGAAUGAAUUAGAAAUGUGCUGAUGAUAGGUACCCUUUUUCGCUGAUGAAUCAUACGACAGAAUCCCGUUUUAAGGGGACAGGUGAUUGGAAUUCAUCCCCGUAAGAGCUAUUUUAUAAACUUUGUGGGUAAUAGAGGAUAUUAUCUUAAUGGUUGAUUAGGUGUUUGGUCCCAGAGCAAUGGGAGGAGGUUGGGGCCCUUGUUUAGAUGAAACAUGUGGGAAGACGAGAUUGAACAGCUUAAAUGAUCGGGAUCGAUGUUGAAGAUUUCAGUUACUAUUGUAUUUUCUACCCUUUCUCAGGAAGGUGAGCUAAGGGCGAGUGUUAGAUGGGGAGGUUGGGUGGGUGAGGGAGAAGGGAAGCGAUAGAAAUGGAGACUAAUCAUUGGUAGACUUUCAUCUCUCUGUUUUCAAUAAUUGUCAUUCUAAAGUUGAGUUAUUGAUUAAUUUCUUAAUGGUUGUAAUCAGACACUUAAGCUUUUUCUUUCAGGCAAAAGAGUACUUUCAGAAAGCUUCUGAUAAUAAGGUGGCCGGUGGACAUUAUAACCUAGGUGUUCUCUACCUCAGAGGAAUUGGUGUUGAAAGAAAUGUGACGCUCGCAUGCCAGUAUCUGCUACUGGCUGCUAAUGGUGGUCAGCCAAAGGCACUCUAUCAAGUUGCCAAGAUGUUUCAAAUGGACAUUGGCUUUAAGAGGAACCUUAUAAUGGUAAAUUUCCAAUUUUUAGUAGCUGAUUUUAAUAGGUUGCCACUGCUAUAUUUUUAUUGAUUGCUGCUCGCCCUAUUAAUUUGAUGGGAGGAUUUAUUUAUGCUUCAUUUAUUCUUUUCUUCAGCAGCAGAGAUUACACACAUGCAUAUGUAUAGAAAUAUAUGUGCACACAUACGUACAUGAAAGUGAGGUGGAUCUGUCUAUAAAAUAGGUAUUCAUAAAGUUCGUUUAGUUGGACAGAUCUCCUACAUAUAGGAUCAUUACCUUAUUUAACAAAAGAAAAUGAAUAUUCUUGUAUGCAUCAUCAGAGCAUAAAAAUUGUUUGAUCCAUACAAAUCUACCCCAAUAGUCCAGUUCUUCUGGUUUGAUAAUGAUGCGAUCUUAAUUUGAGAAACUGAGAGCACGAAAAAAACACCAUGACGAGAAGUAUAUUCUCCACAAAAAAAAAAAAAAAAAAAACCCUUAACGACAAGUGUCUCACAAUGGAGCUUAUAAUUGCUCUUUGACAGAAAACAAAAGAAUUUACUGAUGAUUACCAGCCUACAAAUGUUAUUGAACGGUUGAUUUUGCCACCUCGCAAAUACUGUAAAUAUUUGAUGAUUAAUUAUGAAAACUAUUUAUUCGCUAUAUAAUGUUGUCCGGACUGAUGAAACAUUGUGUAAGGUCCUCUUCUAACUCUCUCCGACGCUCUUGGGUCCAUGUCCUAAGUUCUGCAUUGAUCCGGAAGAAUUCUGGCUGAAUCUACGAGGGACACACUCUGAUGAGAAAAUUCUUAUGAUCUGGGUCUUUCCAACGGGUUCUGAAAGCAUGCUGGCUACGGCGGAGUCCUCUGUGAUAUGUCAUGUCCAAUUUGAAAGCAUUCAUUUCUGUCCUGGGCAUAUUUGCAUAUGUUUAUAUUUCAUCGAGAAAAUUCAAGGAAAACAAUAUCACUCUUUCUUAUAUUUCCAUGUUUAGUCACAAAUCAGUGCAUUACUAUUUCAGGCGACCCUGAUAUACAAAAUAGUUGCCGAGAUGGGCCCCUGGAGCUCGCUAUCAAGAUGGGCCACGGAGUCUUAUGUGACGGGCGACGUGGGCAAAGCACUGCUUCUAUACUUGAGAAUGGCCGAGUUGGGUUACGAAGUGGGCCAAAGCAAUGCCGCAUGGAUUCUAGAAAAAUACGGGGAGCACAGCAUGUGCAUUGGCGAAUCCGGGUUUUGUACAGACGAGGAAAGGCAUCUCCGUGCGAACUCUCUGUGGUGGCAGGCGUCUGAGGAGGGCAACGAGCACGCCGCGCUGCUCAUUGGGGAUGCCUACUACUACGGCCGGGUACGUUCCUCCCCAACCUCUCAGAGUCUCUCUCGUCAGUCUCUCUGGGCCAUGGGUCAAUGGCUUGAUCAGAGCAGCUUUCAUUUAGUUUUAUCAAGCAUGAUGCGAACUCGGUCAACUUCUUUCCACGAUAGAACUUGUUAUGACACUGGUUGUCAACUUCUUUAGUUUUAUGGUGGGUUUUUGGGACAGGGGACCGAGAAGGACUACGAACGAGCGGCGGAGGCCUACAGACACGCCCAACAUCAGAUCAACCCUCAGGCAAUGUUCAACCUCGGAUACAUGUACGAGCACGGCCUCGGGCUUCCGUUUGAUCCUCAUCUGGCGAAGAGAUACUACGACCAGGCCGCCGAGGUUGACCCGGCAGCGAAGCUCCCCGUGGCGUUCGCCCUGGCGAGCUUGUGGAUCAGAAAGAACUACGCCGGCAGCUUCCUGGUGAGCUUUCUCCACUGCUUCUUUUUUUCCCUUUUUCAUUCACUGACUUUUACAAAGAAAACAAAAUAUUUUUUCCCCCCACCCUGAAUCCUACGAUCAGCCACGUGUCACCGCCUGCUCAGAUGGCUUCCAAUGACUGGCUGUUCAGGUCAACGCGAUCGAUUCCCUUCCGGAGGUCUUCCCCCGGAUGGAGGCGUGGGUAGAGGAGGUCGUCCUGGACGAGGCAAACGGCACUAUAUUGACCCUCUUCGUCUGCCUUCUCACGGUUCUAUACCUCCGUGAGCGGCAGCGCCGCCAGGCCGCCGCCACUUUCGCCGCCGCCGCCGCCGCCGCCGCCGUCGCCGCUCCCGAGCAGGUAGAUCUCGAACCCAUCGAACCCAACUAG